AUGGGAACUGUAAGGGAUUUGUACAGGAACAUUUGCACGGAGUCAAAAAGAAAUUUUGAGAGUUAAAGAGGAAAUCGAGUUGGAUGAAGCACAUGAACCCUGCUCAGUGAACACAACCAGCCAUUAUUCACUUAACUAUGCCCAGCAGAUUGAUAUCCCGAGUAACCCAAUGCCGCCAGGACCCAUAUACUUUAAAAAACCCACGUAAAUGUGGAAUCUUCAGAGUAAUGUGUGAGGCAGUCCCCCGGCAAGUGAACCAUCUCAUUGACGAGGCGAGUGAGGUUGGAAAAGGAGCCAACUCGACAGUUAGCUACAUCCAUCACUAUUUUCAAAACCACGGUCUCGACGAAAGUCAUGUUCAUCUCCAUGCUGACAACUGCACGGGACAGAAUAAAAACAACUGCUUCCUUUGGUACCUAGCAUGGACAGCCAUAAAUAACCUUCAUGAAUCAAUUCGUAAUUCAUUUCUUAUCGCUGGUCAUACAAAGUUCGGACCCGAUCAUUGUUUUGGAAUCACUAAAAGAUCAUACAAGGUUAGCCAUGUUUCAUUGCUGUACGAAUUUGCCCGAAUGGUCAAGUCCUCAAGCGCAGACGGAGUGAACAAGGCCCCAACUCGUCGGGACACAAGAUGGAAAAGUCAUUGUGCCAGUAUACAAUUGGUUGGCGUUCUUGGAACAUUACUUCAUCAAGUUUCCCAACAUAAAAAAGUACUAUCAUUUUAGAUUUUCGAGAGAGGAAACCAGUAAACUUUAUUUCAAAGAGUCCAGCACUUCUCCUGAACAAUUUUUUACACUGCUGAAGAACCCUGCUGUUCUGCCGCCUGCAGCGUUACCACCUAAGCUCCAACCCCAAGGAUUAUCUCAAGAACGAAAGCAGUAUCUCUUUCGCGAAAUUCGUCAGUUUUGUAAACCAGGAAACGAACAUCUGGUUGCCCCAGUGCCGUGA